AAGAAGACGUUUUUCUGCGCAAGUUCUGUUAUUGUGGCAGUUCCCUACUUUGUAGGUAACUGUCAGUUUUGCAGUAUGACUGACGAAUGGAGCGUCUGGUGUGAUCUCUCGAGUCUUCCAGCAGAUCCUCCAGAAAUGAGACAGGUCUGCCAUAGGUGCAGGCGCCCAGCGACAGUAUGCUGGUGUACAUACCUUCCUGCUACUCCAUUGAAUACGCAGUGUCGUGUGAUCAUUUUGCAGCAUCCAGCAGAGCAAAGAAGAUGCCUUGCCACAGUGCCAAUGUUAGCUCUUGGCCUUGCACCAGGAAGGUGCCUUAUUUAUCGAGGAAAGAAGUUUCCACAAGCCAGGCAUGAAGGACUAGAAGAAUUUUUGGAGUCUCAAAAUUCAGUCCUUGUCUAUCCCUCGAAAGAUGCAGUGAAUAUUGAAGACUUGCCACCAGUGUCUGAAAUGUCAGAGCCUUACAACUUGAUUCUAAUUGAUGGUACUUGGCCCCAGGCAAAAUCAAUUUAUCACAGUACACCCUUGUUACACAAACUAAGACAGAUUAAACUUGUAACAGGAAGUACAAGUGAAUAUGUGAUCCGCUCGCAGCCCACAGAUGGUUGUCUGUCGACAUUGGAGACAGCAGCUGAGGCUUUAGCAGUAAUAGAGAGGAAUAUCUACAUAAAAAGUAAAUUAUUACAGCCAAUGAUAGCUCUUUGUGACUUCCAGUUGAAUCACGGAGCAGUUACACAUCAAAGCACAGAAUAUAGGAUAAAAAAUGAUAUGUAUCCAAAACAAAUUGGCAAAAGACUUAGUAAGUUCCUGAAGAAAUGUUGAAUCACUGAAAAGGCCUGAUAUGUAAAUACAUGUACAUUUGUAAUGAGGGAAAGAUGUCUGUUACAGAAUAUUAUUUCUUUAUCUGAUAUACAUCCAACAUUAUUUAAGUAUAUUUAUAUAUAAAAAACUGUUAAUAUGAUGACUGUACAUAAGCUGAGAAAAUUCAGAUAAGAUUAGUUUCAGUAUCUGUAAAAUAUCAUUCCUCAAGAAGUCAUUGAAAGGCUAAUCCCACAUGUAACAUCAAUUGUUCAGGGGCUGGAAUGCUACUUAUGUAAUGUAGUUAUAAAAGGUUAAGCGGCCUCUGUAGUCUAGAGGUAACGUUCCCACCUCAUGACUCAUGGUACGCGGGUUCAAAUACCCGGCGG